AUGGGUUCCUCCACUUGUUGCACCAGUCGCCAACCACCUUCCCCCGAUGCAGUCUCACCUCGUCCUGUUCCAUCAUCAUCAGUUACGCCGGUCAAUACUCUGAGGAAAUCUCCAAGAAAAGCAGCAUCGAAUUCGAGGAUUGAGGGUCUUCAAACACAAGUACCUUUGUGGAGCUCGGCUACAAAUAUAGAAGAUGAGACGGAGAUGAGUGCCAUUUUCGAAGGCCAGCGUCUUGCUAAGUGUGAUAAAGAGAACAAAACUGUGGCAGCCGACGAGGAAGAUAGUGAUGAAGAUGAAGAAGCCGAGAGACAACAAGAGGUUAAGCCAAUGCUCAGUUCCACCACACUCAAAUCUGUCAAAAGUCGUCUAAAGAUGACAUUUUCCCGCGAAUCUGGUUCCACGAAAAAUGAUAAAAGAAGAAGCAUAGGGACAAGUGAGGAAGAGGUGGAAAGAAGAAAAGAACUAAGAAGAUUACGGCAGAAAAGAAUUGAGGAGGAGUUGAGUUAUGACAAUGAAUAUGACGAGGAUGCUCAAUCCAUGAGUACAGUAGACUGUCCUACUUCUCGGGCUGUGGAUAAGGGUAAGAAGAGACAGUCGAUCUUACCAGAGGAUAGUGGAAAUUUUCCGGUUUUCAGAAGGCAGAGCUCUUCAUUCGGACCUGAGGAGAUUGGCAAUGGCAGUAAGAUUUCUUUCUCUGCGAGCAUUAUUGACAACACUAGCAAGGUAUCGAUAUCAGCUAGCAAGCUUGACAAUACCAGCAAGGUAUCACCCUUGAAACCGACUGAUCGUGUAAAAUCCCGAACGUACCUGGAUGCAACUGAGCCGAACAUUGAUUUUCUCAAACCGAGCAACAAUUCACCACGAAGAUACAGCUCACCUGGUCCUUGUCCUACACCCAGUGAAAUCAACUUUCUUCAGCCUGGAUUUUAUCGACCUAGAAGAACAGACAGUGAAGUAUGUCCGAUGCCUCCUGCACCUGUAAUAGUGGCCCAAAUAUUGCCAAGUUCUGCUAUACCCGACCCAAAUCUUGUUUCAAGUUGGCGGUUAUCAUACACUUCACAUAAGAGCAACCGUGGAGCCCAUCUUCGACAGCUGAGUCAACAAUUCGAUGUUUCGACUCAAUCGGCCGCAAAUUUUCCUUAUGUAGGAACGCAAACACUACCAUUUUGGCUCAAAAAUCAAGGACUUCGAUCAUCUUCUCAAGCUUUUACAACCUCAGAAAGCAGUAUUAUUCAUAGGGAGCCAUUGCCUAUGCGUCCACCACGUUCGGAUUCAGGAUUCGGUGGCGUUGAUGGCAGCGGUAGCUUUUCAAGUAUUCAUCUGCAAGAUAUGGAUAUCUCUAAACGUCUUCUGCAGAGUUCCUGCUCUUCUCCACAACUAGUAAGCUGGGAGAAACAUCACCGUGAAACUUCAGGCAUUAGUGCCACCGGACAAAGCCGUGCAAGGUACAUGCGGAGUCCUUCAGAAGCAAUAUCAAUCCCUUCAUGUCCGUCAAUUGCUUUGAGUGAGCUUGCACCACCCAAUUGGAAGAAGAUCCCUCAGGAUGGCACAUCUUCUUUCUACCCUUCUGUGGCAAAUAGCAUUCAACCUUCACCAAAUUGUUCACGCUUGGAAUUGUUACCUUUGAUGUCGGCGAACAGAAGCAUUCUUGCAAUGGCAGAAGCCCAAGCACUUGACAGGAUUGUCACUCCCUUUCGUUCGCCAUACAUGCCAGCGAAGACAGGAGCCGAAACUCCAACCACAGUCAAUGUAUCUCUAACCAGCCUUCAGGCCCCUUUGACCAGAUAUUCCGCACGACAAAUUGAUGAGAGCUCACUUUUUGCUUCUGAGACUACAAGCUUUCGAGAACGAGAAUUGGAACUAAGUCAUAUACAAGCACGCUUUGCUUCAUCUGAUUUACGUCGACCUCCAAGUACACCGAUAUCAAGCAAGUUUCGUGAAGAAUUUGACAUUUCACUCAACCCGAAGCCUAAAUCUUCCUUUCAGAAACUUGUCAGGGCCUGCUCCUUAAAAAGAAGUCGUGACGAUGCAGAAGAUGACCUGCUACUUAUUCCUCCACAGCGUAGAUUUGGGUUUGGGUACCAAUUCUCCUCGACUCCUACGACCCUCGGGAUGAAGAGCUCUACGCGUGAUUCGACGCCCACGAGGAGUUCUACCGAAAGACAGCGAAUCCUUAUCAUAGAUGAGUCGGCCAAUACCCCUGUGAAGGGUAGAUUCUCUGCGUUCCAUAGGAUCAAGAGACUUGCGAGCAUGGGUGGAUAUGAUGGUCCAGUGGAUGAUCGUCAAAGAAAUAGGGCUGGUUCUACCACUGGUCGAAAAGUAUCAGCUUUAGAUGCUAGGUUAGGUCUCGGCGCUGAUAUGACUGCCAUGGAAGGCCAGCGGAAAGUCUCUGUACCGCAUAUAACAUUGCCGACUCCUCAAAUACCUCAAAUUGAAACACCAGAUGCUUACGCUCUGUAUACUAAUCUACCUGACCAAAUGGCUCCCGUCGCUACAGUCGUGCAAUUUGAAUCACCCAACAAUCUUCUGGAUCAAAUUGGCGCCGCAAUGCCAUCCAACAAGCGUCUGGCUCGCAUCGGUACAACCAUGCAUGUUAACCCAGCCCAUAACCCUCUGGCUCGCAUUGGUACAACCAUGCACAUCAACCCGGCCCAUAAUCCUCUGGCUCGUAUUGGCACUGCCAUGCAUAUCAAUUUGGACCAUACCCCUCUGGCUCGCAUCGGUACUGCUAUGCAUAUUGACUUGCCUACUCCGAAUCUGAAUCAUAUCGGUACUUCGAUUUUUCAUACUCCACAUAUUGAAAUGCCGAUUCCUCACAUCAACGUGGGUCAUCAUGAGGCAGAUGCCGCUCCAAAAGAGAAGAAGGGGCCUAAGGCCGCACCUGUAAUCGUUCCAAUUGCUCCACCGAAGUUAAAGGUUCAACCUCCCGCCAAUGACCCCCAAGCGGGAGCUCCACAAUGGAGAGGACCUCGAGCAAGAAAUCGAUCUGGAGCUAGAGAGGAUAACAGGAGAAAAAUGGACACGAGUCAAGAUGAUUCCGCUGCGGUGUGGAUGAAAGCGGUAAAAGGCGCCGUCAACGAUAAAUCUAAGGCUCGCAAAGACAAUCAAGACGGAGACGAUAUCUUCGGGGAUUGGGAGGCAGAAUUAGCUGGAGUGGCGUCGAAAUCUAAAUAUGAAAGUCGAAAAUUUGGAUCGAGAGGUAAACCGAAGGUUCAUCAAAUUGAACAGUUUCCACCAGCUUGGUGUAGGUUUCCAAGUCAUGAGAGGAAUGCUAGGGGGCAUGAAAGUGCUGGAGUGGAGGCAGCGGUCGAUGCGAAGGAUUUUGCUAUGUUGAAAGCAGGAACUGAGGUUUUGGGAAGGACGGAACAUUCUUUUGGUGCGAGGAGGAGGAGACGGCCCGGGGGAGAUACUAGUAAUAGUAGUGACCCCAGUUCUGCUCGAACCCUAUCCGAUGAGGAGUUGGAUGCAAUUGAAGCGGCAGAACCGUGGCUCAAGCGUUGGAGUCAAAAGAUCAAAAUCGCUUGGUUAGAUUAUAGGAUUGAGGAGGGACAGAGAAAACAUGCAUUUAACUCGGGGAGUUUGGGGAAAAGAGGCUCGAUGACUAUGGAUGGAAAAGUACCGUUCCCAGAGUUAGAAUUGUUGCCAAUGAGAGCACCACCUCCGCCAAGUGAAGUUGUGGAUGAUGAAGCAGAUGAUGUUGAGGCGGAAAGAAAGCGAGUGGAGGAGAUCAAGAAGGCGAAGAUUAAACCGCAUUAUGAGGCGGCAGAUUUGAUGCAGAGUAAAGGGGGUGUGAGUGAUUUGUUGGAUAUUUUUAGUACAGGGCCCGAGGAACCAGCCGAGCCGAAGAUGCCUGUGAAGAAGAAAGGUCCCAGAGCGAAGAAGGUGAAGGAUCCUUAUGCUUUGGAUGAUGAUGAUGAUUUGGGUGGUGGUGGGGGUAAAGGUGAUGAGGACGAGAUGCCGAAGAAAAAGGGGAAGAAGGUCAAGGAUCCCUAUGCGAUUGAUGAGGAUGAUGAUGAAGAUCUACCACCUAUUCCAAAGAAGAAAGGAAAAGCAAGAGAUCCGUAUGCUAUCGAUGAUGAUAUGGAUGGCUCAUCGGAAUUUGGCUCUGAAGGUAGAUCGAGCAAGAUUAAUCAAAUUGUCAUGAAAGAAGUUGUGAGUGAUGAUGAUACGAUUGAUCAUACACGAUUCGAGGACUCGAUGAUUAGUUUUCGUGAUCCGGAAUUCUAUCAGGAUUGCUUGGUUAUGCCAAAAGAACCAAGUCCUGUACACGUUAAAGAGUGUUCUGUACUUUCCACUCAUGGGAUCAUUGAAGAGGAAAUUGAUGAUCCGUCUGGCAAUGGAGCGGGGAUUAGAGUACAAGUUCAAGAAAUUAGCGACGGGGUCAUCAAACAGAUUGAGAAAUUUAGAACGUGGAAUGGAAAGGAUUGGGAGAGGGAAUUAGGGGGGUUCCUAAGGAGAAGAGAUACGAGUGUUGGAAGAGAUAGUAUGAAGAGUGGAAAAUCGACAUGGAGUACGGGCAGUCAGGGAACGGUUAGGAGUGUGGGGACGGAGGUUAAGAGGCUUGAAGAUUUGGAGAGGGAGAGGGAGUUAUUGAGGAGGAGUGGGGGACAUUUGACGGGGGGUGUGCCGAGGAGGGUUACGGGAAGGGAUAGGGAUAGGAGUAGGGGUAGGGAGAGGGAAAGGGGUCAUGGGAGAAGUGUUAGUUUGGGGGUUAGAAAUGAGGGAUUUGAGGGACUAGGUGGUGGUGGUGGGGGUGAGAUGAGGGGAAGAAGAUUGACGUUUGGGAGUGGGAGGUAA